UUUUGUAAGGAAAAAGUAAUCCCAAUUCUUCUCUCAAAAAUGGAGAAAACAAGAAAACUAAUCACAUCCAUAAAUAACACCGAUGUUACGACAAAACAACAUUCCACCAAGAACAGUGGAGAUGCCCAGAGAUUUGAGAAAUCGGAUGAACUCGUGGUGCAGGAUAUGUCUUUACUGAAAACGUUCUCGAAGACUAAAAUCAGUAAACCAAUGUUUCAACUGUUGCCCUCGGAGCUCAUAUUCAAGAAGUUUGAACCAUGCCAGACUUACAAGACAUCUCUUGUCCUGCGUAAUAAUGACAUGGUAUCCCGUCAGGUGAAAGUGAUCGAGUAUACUAUGUCGCCGUAUUUUGAACUCAUCACCCCGCGUGCUGCCGGACACCAUGUUGCACCGGGACUCCAAAAGAUUUACAAGAUUCACUUCACUCCGUCUGAAAAUAAGGAUUAUUUUCAUGAGCUUGUGUGUAUUACAGAGAGAGAAUCGUUUAUUAUUCCCAUCAAGGCGAUUGGUCCUCGUGCCAGCUUGGAUUUCCCAGAUGAAAUCCACUUCCCAGUCUGUGCUGUGAAAAACACAAGCUCAAAAACUUUGCUGAUCAGAAAUUAUGGCAACCGAGAGGCAAUAUUUACCCUUGCCAUUGAAAGACCGUUUUCAUUAAACCCUGAUAGAGGAAAAUUGGCUGUGGAAGACAGUAUGCAGAUUACUAUUUCAUAUUCCCCAGAAACGUCCAGUGAUAUUAAAACGAAUCUUCGUCUGCAUUAUGAUACAGGUGAAGAGCAACUCAUCCCUGUGUACGGAGCUGCCCAGGAUUCCAAUGUCCGACUGGACAAGAAUACAAUCAGGUUUGAAAACACGUACAUCUCAACGUCCAACCAGCGAACCGUAACCAUCCAAAACAGGUCCAGUCUGAUCACCUACUACCGAUGGACCCAGUUUGCAACACGGGAGGAAGAGGAACAGCAGAAAUUACUUCAGAAAAUGGAUUUAAACAAAGUGGACAAAACUGAGGCCGACUUCCUGCUGGAUGAGUGUUGUACCAACCCAGGCAUCAAAGACAGAGCAUCCAUACUGAGUCGAACCUUCAUGAACAUGAAACGGUUUGUAAAAAACGAUAAAUUCCUUUUUGAUGACGAUGUCAUUUCGAUUGAACCCCUGGAAGGUGAAAUUUGGCCCAACUCCUCGACAGACAUAUGCAUUGUGUUCCAUCCGAAACGAGCACAGAUGUAUACGCGGACUGCCUUCUGUGACAUCACUGGUCGGGAGAGCAGACUCCCGCUAUGUAUCCAUGGUUACGGACAGGGACCCAUCAUAGAGGUAUCAGUCGAAAUGAUCCACAUGGGUAACAUUUACAUAGGAGCUGAGCAUAACUAUGAAUUCGUUCUGGCAAAUAAAGGUGAUCUGAACGCAGUUUAUACCAUCAUGCCGAAGAUGUCGAUAUAUGGGCCAUGUUUUCACUUCUCUCCCGCAGAGAGUGUGAUUGCGCCAGGAGGGUAUCAGGCCAUACAUGUUACCUUCAAAGAUGCCCAUCUUGGUGAAUUUUCCGAAGAAUUUUCCAUCAGAAUAGACGGAGCACCAGAACCAGUGAAAAUCACAUUUGCUGGAACAGUUAUUGGACCAACCUUCCAGUUUGAUAUCAAAUGGCUCCCGUUUGGAACCGUCUCCUUUGGUUUCCCCAGUACUCGAAGCUGCAUUUUGUUCAACACAUCCCUGGUACCCAUGAUGUAUCAUCUCCGGAUUCCCUCAGAUGGCACCGUCAGCAGCAUUCCCUGCAUGUCGAAACUGAGCAGCGAGGAAAUCUAUAAGAGUUUAAGCACAUCGAGAUCGCUAAAAGAGUUUGAGAUCGUGCCCGCUGCAGGAACCCUGGCACCCAUGAGCAAGCAACAGGUUGAUGUGACUUUGACUUCCAACACCUCGAAGAAAUAUGAUGUCGCCCUCGUGGUUGAUGUGCAAAAUGUUGGAGAAGAAGUCUUGUCAGUAAACAUUACUGCUAGAUGUGUUUUACCGGAUAUCACUAUACUUACUCCCGUCCUCAACUUUGAACGCUGCUUUCUUCGAUAUUCAUAUGAUCAGUGCAUCAAGAUCAAAAAUGCUACUAAUCUCCCAGCAAAGUAUAGUUUUCUGGUUCAAGAAGAUCUGGGUAUGGAAGAUCCUCCAAUGGUCUAUUACACCCCAAAACCAGAGGGAGUUAUUGAGGAGAAGAGUGUGCUAGAGAUGCCUCUGUUCAUCAAAGCUCAGAAACGCGAUUUUCAGAAUAUGACCAUUUACAUUGACAUGUUUGGCUGGCCUCCUCGAUCAAAGCCUAUUAACGUUACCUUUAUUGGUGAAGGGCCGGUUGUUCACUUAGAUCCCAAGAAAAUGGACUGGGGUGUCAUGCCAGUACUAACAGACAUACCAAGGAAACUCGUUCUGUCAAAUGAAUCCGUGAUCCCAGCUAGAUUUGAAUCAAAACUGCUCCGGGCAAACUCAGUGUUUCGUGUUGAGCCAAUGGAAGGUGACAUCCCUGCAAGGCAGUGCUUGGAUGUGACAAUCAUUGCAUACGUGGAUGACUGCACUGGAUUUGAAAAUGAGCUUCAGAUUGACGUCAUUGAGAGUGUCAGCGGUGUGAUUCCACUGAAGGUCACUGGUUUUGGUACAACCAUUGUGAUAGACCCUCCUUUUACGCCAAAACUCAAUUUAGGUUAUUACUUCAGUAAUCGCCCACUAAGAAAAGUCUUCCAUGUGACAAACAAAGGCAGACGACAGCAGUAUCUUAAUUGGGCAACUGAAGGUUAUCACAUUGCCAAAGAUAAAAGAAAACUGAUGUCAUUCAAUGCACAAGAUAUCAAGAACAAGAAUGUGCCUCCACCACCGAAACCAGGCUACCCAGUUUUCAAACUGAUACCAAAUGAGCUGGACAUUGCACCGGGUGAAACUGUUGAAAUGGUUAUUGAGGGAUUUGUUGAAAAUGCACAGCGCAUCCAUGAACGACUGACGUGUCACUGCAUUGUGGGAAGAGAUCCAAAGGAACUCAUCAUGAAAGUCGACAUCACUGCAUGCUGUGUGAAUCCACUGAUGGAAUUUUCAACAAAGUGUUUGUAUUUCAGGGUCGACAUGAUUGGUGGCCAGGCUAUACAGCUAAACGUUAAAGAGCUGACCAUGCACAAUAUGUCCUUCCUGCCUCUGUCAGCAACAAUUGCGCUUGAGGAGCCAUUUCAGAUUAUUCUUGAUGACGGCUCUCAGGUUUCUGAAAUGGAGUUGUAUCUUGACCGCGGUGACAAGGCUUGUCUGAACAUUCAGUUCAACCACCUGUAUGAGGGGGAGUUCAGCCUGCAGUGUGUUGACAGGAUUCUGCAGGUCUCCUACAGGGAACAUAAUCAUGUCGACCAAGUCUCUUUAAGAGCUGAAGUGUACUUUCCGACUGUGAUGCUGGACAAGUCGGUUGUGGAUUUCGGCUGUAUUCUCAAUGACACGGAGGUGACGCGCUACAUGACCAUGACUAACACCAGUCCCAUGGUGGUCCGGUACAAGUGGACGUUCGAGCUGACCAACGAGCCCUGCGUGGUCAUCAAUCAACCGCCGGCGAAGGCUGUCGACGAGAAAGUAGUGGUGGCGGCAGGGAAUCGGCAAGAAGAAAACAAAGAGGACAGUCUGGUCGAGGAGUCGUCCAACAUCAGCAAGGGUUUCACUGUCAAGGACGUGGAACAAGGGAAGCAGACUGGUGGUGCUGAGGAUGCUGAGAAGGAACAGACUGGACUCUCACUGGACAACCAGAACGGAGCUGUGACGGUAGAGAAGACCUACAAGCCAGCUGUACAGGAACAAGAAGAGAAGGAGAAGGGUCAACUUGAAGUGGAAGCAGAAACAACCAACUAUGACUCUGAUGGUGAAGGGAAGACUAAACAGAUAGCGAAGGAGCAGGAAAGGAUGGAGCAGGGGUUGGAUCAGGAGGUGGAGGAGGAGUGGAAUCUCAUGCCACUGAAUGCCGAAGAGGAGGCUCUGAAAGCAAACCGGGCUUUGUCAACUCUCCUACUGCAGAGGCGGGAAAUGGCCACCCCCGCCAGUGUUGAAGAGGUAUUUGAUAUCACUCCACUGUAUGGGGUAUUGGAACCUGACCAGCAUGAGCAGGUGACUUUCACCUUCUUUGGUCAUGCUGACAUCAGUGCCCAUGGGAAGGCUGUUUGCGAGAUUCAAGGAGGACCGCCAUCUGUAGUGCUGCUGAAGGGAGAAGCGUCAUCCAUAGAGUAUCACUUUGAUACCAAGCAAAUUGACUUUGGACAGCAGAUCUAUGACCAGGUAAUAACAGCAGAUAUCACACUGUUCAACACAGGCAAGAUUGGAUUCCAAUUCAUCACCAUAAACACGAACCCAUCACUGUGCAGAAACCCCCCACCAGGACUUCCUGUCCUGGUGCCUCCAUCAGGCUUCAUUGAACCAAUGACCGAGCAGAAGUUGACCUUGAAAUUUAUGUUUGGAACUCCGGAAACAUUCUACCGGAUGUUCCUCAUCCAAGUUGCCCACUUUGAACCUGACGUCAUCCACCUCUAUGGCGAAGGUCUGUUCCCUCGGAUCUCCCUCGACCUGCCGCGCCUCAUAGACGAAUCUGGCAAUUACUACGCCCUGCUGCAGAAGGCAACAGAGAUAAAGGUUAAGGAAGCCGAGCUGAAGGAGUCGAAGAUGAAAGAACUGGAGACUGAGAGACUGCGAACCAUGGCCGGGAGGUCAGAGACGAAGAGGAUGAUCUCCAUGGAAACGCAGACGGCGGAGAUUCUGCAGGAGUUGGAGCACAAGGAAAUGCAGGUCAGUGAAUCGCUGACCGGGGUGACGCCUUGCAAGGAGGUGCAGACGACUGAAUCCCUCCAUCAGAUCGGCAAGAGUGUGGAGGCCCAGACCACAGAGUCGGUCAUCUUCAGCGAGCCGGUAAGGAAGGGCUCACACUCCAAGAAGUCGGUACUGUCAGCCAAGGAGGUGGGGAAGGUGUCGUUGCGGAGCAAAGCCUCACAGACCAAAGAGUCUCAGAUGAACGAUUCGCUGGCCAAGACCACUGCUGAUGAGGAGUCGCAGACCAACGAUGUGUUGACCAUGAAUGGCAAUAGGUCUGCCCAGCAGUCAAGUCCGUCGGCCACCAAGUGCUGUGUGUCCAGUCACAGUGUGGCAGAUCACGGAAAAUAUGUUGGAUCAUUUAAACCUGCCAGUAGCAUUUUAGAUCUUGAAAUAGAGCUGGAAGCAGAAAGACUGGCAGUGAUCGAGUAUGAACAGAAAUUGCACAAGUCGGCAAACCUGGAGAGUGACUACAGCUUGGUGACUGACCAGAUGAACAGUUGGCUGGAACGUUUAUCGCCAGAAUCAAAGAAGAACAGAAGACAUGUUAAAUCCAGGUUCUGUCUUCCAGAAUAUAUUCUAGACUUUGGCCAUGUUAUACUCGGCACUGUGCAGACACGCAAUGUCCAUGCUGCCAACACAGGGUGUUUGCCCGUGUCGUUCAAUGUGGAACACAAACCUCUCCACAAGUACGGGUUUAGUGUGCAGAUGGAUAAGGUACACAACCUACCGGGACCCCCCGAUCCAGAAACAGUGGACAUCGUUGUCAGUUUUGAUCCAAGCAUAGCAAAUCUUCAGCUCGGUGCUGUGCAGAAACAAAUGAUGAUCAAUAUUGAAAAUGGCCCAUCUGUUUGUAUCAUUCUCAAAGCCAAUGUCACGAUGCCGAAGUUGCAGCUGUCCUCUGAUGAGCUGACAUUUGGCGACGUGCGCUGUGGGGAAUGUAAGAUCUUCACCAUACAGCUGUACAACAGUCAACCCAUUCCGUGCGAGUGGAGUGUGGAGAAAGACCACAAACCUUUGCAGUUUGCCCAUCGUGUUUCAAUGCCUGUAAAGAAACCAAGUCACAUUGAGAAAAUUAGACUGCCAAUCUUUGAGGUUGUUCCGUCUAGUGGAACUUUGGUACCACAUGAGAAAACCAACAUCCAAGUCCGAUUCAUGCCAUCCGAGGAGAAGUAUUACGAUCACAGAGUGCAGUUUCGAAUGAUUCAAAGCAACGAGCAGAUCGUACUGACCUGCUAUGGUCAGGGUCAGGAGCCACGUCUUCACUUUGCUGAACACAGUUUGGUGUUCACCCCGGUUCUGCCAAACAGUGGGGGCAAUGAGAAGGAGAUCACUGUAAGGAAUCCCUGCCCUUUUCCUGUCGAAUUCUACAGUGUUGAGUUGGACAAAAUCUAUGUGGAAGAGGAAAAGAUUCUGAAGACACUCAAGUGCUACGACAAAUACAACAGAAUACUUCUACCAAUCAGAGAGCCUGGAGAAAGACUGCCCCCAGAAAUUCUCGAUUAUUAUGAAGACAAAAUGAAGAAGAUGGAUACUAAGGGGAUUGAAAUCUCUGUGACUGAUCCAGCCGAUGAGCAAGAUGUGUCCGACAAAGGUUCUGGUGUGGGUGAGCUGGAUGUAUCACCUGUGUCGGCUGUCAUUGCCCGCCAUCUUGGAAUAGACCUUAAUACAGAUGUGCAAGUGGCUCGUAACAGGCGUGGAAUUGUCAUCCUUGUACAUGGACCACGCAAGUCAGGUAAAACGACCACAUCGGAGAAACUAGCUGAGAAAUACAACUCUGCAGUGCUUGUUGUCGACAGAGUUGUCAUGGAUGCCAUUGCCAAGGGGAAAUCAGCAGCUGCUAAUGAAGUGUGGGAGAAAUAUUUGGAAUUUGCACGAGAGAGAGAGCGGGAAGCAAAAGAAGCAGAAGACCAGGAAAACCUAGGUGUGUUCAACAAAUCUCAGAGUAUUUAUCGUAGCAAAGGAAGCCGUAUUAACAUGAAGGACGAACCAGCUCACAAGAUGUCGCAGACAUCUCGUAACAAGAGGAAAUCGGUCGUAAUGCACAAGGACAAGACAGUGGAUGGAAUUCCUCAUGAACCCAAGGUGACAAGUGCUACAACUCUUAAAAGUCUGAUUACCAGUCAGUUGGCUGGCUGGACUGCGCAAGAAGAUCUGAUUGAGACCAUCCUGCUGGAGCGUGCACAAGAAGUUGAUUGUGAAUGGGGAAUUAUUUUUGAUGGACUACAGACGAUAUUCUCUCCAAAUGCUGUGAGCAUGGCCAACUCCAUAGUAAAACACUUCAAUGAAAGAAGAUUUAUCUUCUUGGUCCCUCUAACGGUGGACGAAGAUUUUCGAAAAGACUCUUCAAUUUUGGAUUUAGAUGAAAGAGUGCGACUAGCGCUGAAAGCGGAGAAUGCUGAACGCGAGCAGCUUGAAGAAAUGUCUGAGACUGAAUACGACGCUCUCACGGAAGAGGAAAAAGAGGAGAUGGACCUAAGGUUGCUGGAGUUGAGAAAACGCAAGAGACAACGUGAUGAUCUUGCAGAGAGGAAAAGAAGAGAAAUACAAAGAAAACAAGAAGAAGCAGAACUGGAGGCUCAGAGGGAAAGAGAGCGAGAGCUUGCAACCAAACGUAAGAAGAUCAAGCAGAAAGCAAGCCGUGAGCGGAAACUGUCGAGCAUGGCACGGAAAACAGAGCGCAUGCAGUCAACUUCCGAAAUGGAAUUGUUGAAAAGUGAUAUCGUCAUUGAGGAUGGCAAAAAAAAGCGACCUUCUAAGUAUAAAACUGGCAAGGAUGGUGAGGAGACUGAGAUGGAAUCGUCGAGAGACCUUUCCAUGCAGCUUAUUGAUCAGCUGGCCUCAUACCAGCAGUUACAAAACGAGUUCUUCUACAUGCUUGACCACUGGGACCGGACAGUCCACCAGUUCCAGCACUGCAGGUCACUCUCCGGGAACAAGAGCAAGGAGGAUGAAGACUUUAUGGAGAAACAUGUGAAGGAUAUGGAUAAACUGAAGGCAGACCGGUUUAUAAAAGAGGUACUGGAAGGUCUUGGGUAUGAACUUCCCAUUCCUGAACCACUUGAGUUGGCUGUCGUGCGAUGUCCACCCGAGAGAACGUUAACUCCCAUCGAUACGCCCGGGGCUCGAUACACCCUUGCAUGUUCGUCACAGGAUGACCUCAGGUAUAAAGACGGAAGUGAAUUUGGCAAAUAUGGCGCGUCAAGGUCAAGACACAAAAUGAUCCAGAAGAUGAAGAUGAAAGGGGAUAAAACGAAGAAACCUUCAUCAGGGGAGACAAAGAAGUCGAGUGAUCGCCAGUCGGUGAAGUUUAAGAGCCAGCCGCAGGCCGCCUCGAAACCAAACUCCCGGGUCGAUGCAUCCAGCCCUGAAGAUGCAAAUGUCAAUGCUCAAACAGAACUUAAGCCUCCUAAAAGUCCACAGGACAAUUCAGACGAUAGGAAAUCUGAAUCGGGGGACAAAACCCCGAAGUCGAGGAUGAAAACACCAGACAGGUCUGGCACAGAAGACAAGGACAGACGGCUGGGUCGCCGUGCACAGUCGAGGAGUCACCACAGACAAGCCCAGGAGGCUGAGGAAGCCUUCUACCGCUGGCUGGUGCCACCACAGGGCAAAAUCACUCUUCAUCUGAGGUUCGUAGCCAGUGAACUUGGCGAGUAUGAUCAGGCCUUCACCUUUGAGGUUGCUGCCACUAGGAAACAAUAUCGAAUAAACUGCCAUGGAGUGUGUGCAUACCCCAAACUCAGUCAAGAUAUAAGCACUAUAUUUCCCAAUAUCAAGAAGAAUAAGAAGCCCGAUGAACUUGUUUACAAGCAGUAUAUCAUGAAGACAAAGACGUUUGAGUUUGGACCCCUACUGGCCGCCAAGUCGAGGGAGAAGUACAGGGAGGGCAACUACCCUGAGAACAUGCAGACUCUGAAACUAUGGAACAUCUCCCCACUGGAUGCAGACAUCACAUUUUACUACCUCAACGACCGAUCGGGUGAAACGUUCUUGGUAGAGCCUUCGCACAUUGUGAUUCCGCCGGGUGAGAAGGACUUGAUCACAGUCUGGGCCUACCCCAAGACUCAAGGUCGAUUCACCGAUUCUCUCGUGUGUGAGGUGUGGGGGAGCCCAGAGCCCGUCACUUUCGAUUUUGCAUGUGAUGCCUACAUGCCCUCGCUGGAGCUGGACAAGAAAUUGUUCAACUUUGAAAAGGUCCUGCUACACAGAAAAGAAAGCCGUUCGGUAAAGAUGCGGAACAAGACCGGUCUGCCUGUCCGCUGGAAGUUGGACGGUCUUGACAUCAUCGGAGAGGACUUCUCUGUCGCACAGCACCAUGGCGUUGUUCAGCCGCUCUCUGAAUUCACACUCACCGCUUACUUCCAUCCCACAAGAGCAACAAUCCUGUCAAAGAAAUUCCUCAAGCUUCUGUUUUUUGAUGCUGACAAUAUCUUGGGAAUUAUACAGCAAGAACAGAUUGGAAUUUUUGCAGAGGCAUAUGAUAUCUGUCUUGAUAUACAUUUUGGAAAAGGUACAAAUUGUGGAUUGGAUUUUGGAACAUUGCUAGUAUUUGAUGAGCAGAAACAAACGUGUACUCUCAGAAACAGAGGCAAAUACCCAAUUGGUUUCAGUUUUUCAUUUGAGAAUGUUGACCCGUCAAUGCCCGAUGUGGCCAGUCUGUUUACUGUGAUUCCCCAAAAAGGCAUGCUGACUGCUGUGGAUCGCUCCAUGCCCCUGUAUGUGACGUUUCGGUCGACUAAAGAGCUGUACAUGAAGGAGCAGCCCAUCCUGCACUGCCAGGUGGUUGACUGUACCACGGGCAAGGACGGCGAAUUCAUCGCCGACAUCCCUAUCAAAGUUUCGGUCAAUUCCGUUUUCAGCAAAUUCAAAGUUGAACCUUCAAGUGAGAUCCACUUUGGCUCGUUGUUACCCAGCACUAGGACAUUUCGGCACUUUACAAUUGAAAACCAGGGUGAAUUUGAGUUUAAAUACACUCUUAUGAAGGAGGAAAACCCACAGCCCACAUCAUCAAGUGCACAACAGUCAAGUUCAUCCCAUUCAAGCCAACAAGGGAUUGUCGGCCGACCCAGUAACAUCAGACCAGAUUAUGGUACCCAUUAUCGGACUGCAUUUGGCAUUUUUGUCGUCUCCCCGGCGUUUGGUAUCAUCUACCCGAACAAUCAGACAACCAUCACUGUGGAGUGUAUUACCGAGUGGCACAGUGGACGUUUUAAAGAGGAGUUGCUGGUAGACGUCACUCACCGCAACCCAUGGCAGUACCCGAACGGUCUGCCCUUCAGGCUGGUGGCCGACGUCUACUUCCCGUCGAUCAACACGGACAACCUGGCGUCUGUGUUCGAGGAGCACCGUGUCUGCAAGACCCUCGCCCUCUGGCAGCACCAACACGAGGGUGAAAGCGAGGGCGUCUUUGGCGAGGACGAGCGCCGCUUCGUCUUCAACAACGUCUUUGUCGGCCGACGGGCCACGGCGCGCUUCAAGAUCUCCAACACUGGCCGGGUGCCUAGCGAUGUGGUGAUGUCACUCAAACCCUCCAACCCGAGCAGCACCGACGUUUUUGAGGUGGAGCCGGCACGCGGCCAGAUCCCCAUCAACAGUCACAUGUUCGUGACAGUCACCUUCAUCCCUCCCUCGAUGAACAAAUUCUCUUCAAUGCUUGAGGUAUUUGUUGAGAGUAACCGCAAUAAGUUGUUGAUGUUUGAGGUGUCGGGAGAAGGCAACCUGCCAAGGGUGAGAAUCCACAAGCCAGCGGUCAGGAACAAGAGAGGACUUCCAAUAAUGCUGUUCAAGAAAAUCCUUCUCGGCAGAACACAAACUCUUCCCUUCACCUUGUUCAACGAUGGCACUCUCGCAUGCAAAGUGUUCAUCGAGUUGAUUGAUCCUGAGGGUAUAUAUAAACUGAAAUCAACCGAAGAAUCAAUGCCUAAAGUUGAAGAGGCUCAUGUGGAUCCUAAAACUGGAGAAAGGCUCUACUACCCGAUAAAGGUGGAUAUGCAAGCGGGUGAGUUUGUGACGUAUGACGUGGUGUUCAGCCCGACAGCCACGAAGCGGUACGAGGCCGGUAUUAAGGUGCUGGUCAUGGACAACAAGUAUGAGAACCUCGUCAUCCAGAUGGUGGGCGAGGGCUACGCCGAUGUCAUCACCCUUGACAACAUUCACAGCCUUGGACACAGGGCCGGGCGACUGCCAGGCGAGGAGUCCGCAGAGGAGGAAGACAUUCAAGCUGCCAAACCGAAUCUGAUUGAUUUCGGCGACAGCUACCUCAACGAGCCGAAGACCCUGACCUUCACGAUGACAAACCACUCAAAGGUGGACAAUUUCAAGUUUAGGUGGGCCAAGCAGGAUCACCUACAGUUGUCUCCUCGGACUGGGCACCUCCGAGCUAACAACAGCAAGACAAUCACCGUGACGUUCCUGUGUCAGACGCCAAUCACGCUGACUGAACACCAAAUACUCUGUUCCGUCAGCAAGAUCGUCUACACUAAACCUAAUGAAGAGGUGGCUGAUUGGGAUGACCGAUUACGCACAGUGAAAUGGAUAAGUACUGCACAUGUUUGUACUGAAGCCUGCACGGAACAACCAUGUGCGUUGCUGACACCGCAAGGGCCGCUGAAGAAGAAGGUGGUAGAGCCCGAGCCCGAGCCCGAGCACACGCUGAUGGAUGGGACAACACGCACCGUCGAGCUGCUCGUGUCCGGCAUCGCUGACUACUGCCGCUACAAGUGUGACGAGCUGGCCAUCCGCUUCAAGGACACGCUCAUGUUUCAGACUCGUGUAUUCCAAAUGAAACUUAUGAAUGAAGGCAAAAUUCUGAUGGACUUCAAAUGGAAGAUUGUUAUGGACAAUUUGACUCCCAUAAUCACAGUUAACAAACUGACCCCAACUUUGUCUUCGGAAAAGUCCAAGUUCAUUGAUGCCAGUUAUGUGCCCUUUUCUAUAGAGCCUCUGUAUGGGACCGUGGGACCCGGCAAAACAGUGGUGUGCACCAUCAAGUUCUCUCCCUUAGAUGUCAAUGAAUAUGAGGCAAGACUGAUGUGUAGAAUUCCUAACCUUGAGAAUGAUGAGCGUGGUCCAGUUGUUGAACUAAAAGCUCGCAGCUUGAUGCCGUACUGUCACUUUGAGCUGCAGGAAUCGGACUACCUCCUCCGUGCGGCCCGCAACUCGCCGAGGACGAAAAACGACCCGAAUCUGCAAGUUAUAGAGUUCACCAGCAUUGGAACUCCAGUCAAGGCUGUCAGGGAAUUUAACAUGUUGAAUCCAACCAAACUGAGCUACAAAUUUGAAUGGGUUUGUGAGGAUAAACCUGACAUAAAGACACCAACUCACUUUCAAUGUCUCUAUCCUACAGGGGAAAUUCAGGGUCGCAAAAAAUUUAAGGCUGCAUUUGAAUUCACGUCGUCUGACAAAGAAUUAGUAGAGUCGUCCUGGACAUUCAAGAUUGCAGAGAAAAACAUCACAGUCCCUUUCCUUCUGGUUGGAAACAUGAUUGACCCCCGUAUCAUAAUAGACCGGUCUCACCUGACCUUCAAUUGCUUGAUUGGUAAUACAGUCAAGGAGACUGUCUACCUCAUAAACAGUGAGACCAUCCCGUUACGAUUCUCCUUCGAGAAGCGCUCUAUCAAUGCAGAUGGCUAUUCUUGUCCUCUUGUACUUGGACCCAUGUCUGGUAAAGUGCCAGCAAAAUCAAAGAUGCCUGUGUCCUUGGCAUUUACGCCCAACAUUGAGAAAUUAUUGAACUUCAAUCUGUUGUGCAAAGUGAAGACGAAGCCGCAACAUCUGAGGUUGAAUGUCAAGGGUGAAGGUUACUCUGUCCGGUGUUCAGUGUACUAUGAGCACUUUGCGGGACAGAAGGUUGAACUUGGCGAAAAUAACCUCAGUGUUAUUGACCUUGGAGAGACUCAGGUCAACGGGGAAGCGAUGAGAAACCUGUUUCUGGUGAACGCUGGCAAGUUCCACUUCAGUUUCCAUUGGGAGUUGCCCACGAAGUGCACUAAGAAAAACAUGAUCACCAUGUUCCCAGAAGAUGGCGAGAUUCAGGUGGGCAAGAAGCAGACAUGCAGGCUGUCGUUCUGUCCAAGUUCUCCCGUCUCCAUCAACUGUGACUUCCUUCUCAAGAUCUCAAAUGGCCCUACCUAUAGCCUGAAAGUGCUUGGUGUUGGCGUCACCCCAAGUCUGAACUUCUCCUUUGAAAGCUACCAGUUUGGUGUCUGUUUUGUCCAUCAGGCAGGAAUGCCAGAAUACUCCACGGUUCUCGAGAUAACCAACAAAGAGGAGAAAGAUAUUAGUCUGUCCUGUCUGUAUGAUUCGACAAAACACUUACAUCAUAACUUCAAGUCAGGAGUGAUCAAGCCAGGCGAGACCCAAGAAGUGACAUUCACCUUUUACCCAAGGGAUGCAGUGAAGUACCACGAAACUGUCAUAUUCGACAUAGAUGGCCUCAAUAAACGCAGUGUGGAGUUUUAUGGUCAAGGCACAGACUUAAAGAUUGAAGUUGCAGAUCCCAAGUUCAGAAUGGUCAACCUGGGGGCGCGGAGCAUUGGUGAUGAGGUGAAAAAGGUGAUCCCCAUAGUGAACAGAAGCCUGGCACCCAUUGAGUUCAAAGUGGGCAUCACCCGCGGCUCCAAGACCCUGCUGCCACCAAGUGUCCUGAACAUUCAGCCCCAGGAGAAUAUCGUCCUGCAGCCUAAGGGCGGCAGUGCAUCUAUAGAGGUCAACUUCAAACCAAGGGCAAGGAUUCUGCAGUUCACAGAAGAGGUGUUCAUGGGGUACCACGACCUCACCCAGCCACUGUUUCUGGUCAAAGGGUUGUGUCUGGGAAUGGAAAUAUCUUUGGGGACAGAGCUCGUGGUGUUUGGGGCCGUCGUUAAGAAUGGCCAGAGUGUGCGCAAAGUGGUGAUGUACAACACGGGAGACAUGAAUGCCAAGUUCCGAUGGGACAUUAAAAGGUUUGCACCUGAUUUUUCCAUUUCCCCAGUGGAAGGAUACAGUACUGCAGGAGGAGAAGUUACAUUUGAUGUAACAUUCCAGCCUCAGGAAAUAAGUAGCGAAAUCAAAUACGAGAAACUGGAGUGUUUUCUGAAAGGGGGAGACCAUCCCCCUCUGACCAUGACUCUGUAUGGGAUAUGUACGAGUGCGACGCCAUACAAGGACACCCAGUUCUUCCAGACGAACGUGCGACAGAAAGACAUGAAGAAUAUCCCCAUACACAACCGCACCAACCAGCUAUGGGAGCUGAAGCCAGUGAUCGACGGGGACCAGUGGUCGGGGCCUCCGUUCUUCACGGUGGAACCACAGCAGAGCAAACACUUCCCAAUAGUGUACAAGCCACUGACCAUGACGAAAGACACCACCAAAAAGCACCAGGGUUCCCUGUUCUUUGCAUUGCCAGAUGGAAGAGCUCUUCUUUUUUCCUUGAUGGGUACAUCGGACUCACCAAAGCCUAAUGAAAAAAUUCAGCGAGAGAUUCCUUGUAAGACAUCGUACGUUGAAAUACUACCUGUCAAAAACUGGCUUAAAAAGCAGCAGAGGUUCCGCGUGAAGACGGAGGUGCUCAAGGCCGACAAGGCGGAUCCAGGAAUCAUUGUGAAGGGCAUGGACUUCAUCGACGUGCCGGCCAACUCCAAGAAGAACUACAAGCUCAGCUUCUACAGCUACAAGGAAGUUUACGUCAUCUUCAAGGUGACCUUCACAAAUGAGCACUCUGGCGAGUUCCAGUUUUACGAACUCCUGUUUCGAUCAACGAAACCGGACGUGAUAUCGACCAUAGAGCUGACAACCCGUGUGAGAGAAGCGAUCUCGCACACGAUUGCGAUGUCGAACCCACUGACACAUGCCAUCACCAUGACCGUACAGACCACCCUGGCUGAGGUGCAGGUGCCCGCCCUCAUAGCCUUACCCCCAGAGAAAGAGACUGACUUGACUUUGGAAUACUUUCCAUUGAAAGUGGGGAACACCCGGGGCCGGUUAGAGUUUGGCUGCACUGAUCUUGGUGUCUACCCGUAUGAUCUGGAUCUAACUGCCACUCCCGCCGCCCCCGAAAAACCCUUGUACUUCCGCACUUUCCUUGGACAGAGCCAUGUGCAGGUGGCAAAAUUCUCAAACUGUGUUAAACAGAAAACAGAGUACGUUUGCAAGGUCGACAACCCCGAUUUUUCUGUCUCCAAAUCCAUUACAGUCUCUGGAGUUGGCACAGAAGUUACCCUGGAAGUUGUGUUCGAACCGUCAGAAGUAAGCGAACAACGUGCCAUGUUGACUUUCACUUCGCCUGUGGGAGGAGAAUUCUGCUUCCCUUUGUUUGGUUCGUGUCUCCCACCCAAACCACAGGGACCGUUUGUUGUUAGAGUUGGCAGCCAGACAAACAUCAUCUUCCGAAACAUCUUCCGGAGUGCAACCCAGUUUCUGUUCCAGGUGGACAAUCCCCUGUUCAGCCUGAUGAAGUAUUCCGACACGCUUCGGUCGCGGAAAGAUUACAAGAUCAACAUUUCGUUCACUGACAACAGCAGCAGUAACAGCAAGAAGGUGAAGACGUCUGCGGCAGCUCCCGUGACAGCCCAGCUCAUCGUGACCUGUGCGCACUCAGCAGGAGGGUCGAACAAUGCGGAGUGGGUUUACUACCUGAAGGGCGUCACUCAGUGAUUGCAGACUGCCACCAGACCCGCAGCAAUUGUGGGGAAGGGGGACUGUAUGCCCACUCAUUUGAAGACCAAGAUGCUUAUUUUUUGGUGGUCCUACUAUAUAUAAAAACAAUAAUACCAAAUAAAAUAAAAUUAUUUUUAACUGUU